CGUAUUAACUGGGAAAUAAAAAAAUGACGAUAUGAAAGAAUUUGAUUGCGAUUCGGACAUACGGAGGCAGUUUCAAAUAAAUAGCGCCACUUUUCGUUAGUUAUGUAGCAGUUCAUUAGUAACUCUCAUCACUUAAAUUGAUUCGACUGAAUCAAUUAGCUAGCGUCUUCUUACACACGGCAAUCAAAAUGACAAAGGCACUAAUCCCGACAUCUCUAAAUUCGGAAGAAAAAAAUGUCAAUUCAGCGAUGGAUGCCAAAUUUGUUUCAAAUGAGUUUGGAACCAAUGAUAGUCUUGAUUCCACGAAAAAAGAUAAUAGGUCAGAUACGCUUUCUACCAGUAGCGCUAGUGACAGCAUUCCGCCUAUCGAAUCAUCGAUGGGUGAGGAUCCGUGGGCGAUUGUUGAUAUGGUGGACAAUUCGGAGAAAUGGGAAGACAUGACCACCAAAGCUAAAGUGAUCCGCGUUCUGAGCAAUAUCGCUAAAAUAGUUGGCGCUAUCGGUUUACUCUAUUUUUUCAUUUGCUCGCUUGAUUUACUUUCAAGCGCGUUCCGCCUCAUUUCUGGGAAAACUGCAGGUGCAAUUUUUCAGCAGAGCGAACUCAUGCAAAAUCCUGUUGUCGGAUUAAUGAUUGGAAUUCUAGUCACUGUACUAGUCCAGAGUUCUUCAACAUCCACUUCCAUUAUAGUGAGCAUGGUUGGCGCUGGAGUUCUGAACGUUGCCAUGGCGAUUCCAAUCAUCAUGGGUGCUAAUAUCGGAACUUCUGUUACCAAUACGAUCGUCUCUUUUACUCAAAUUGGCAAUAAAAAUGAAUUCAGAAGAGCUUUCGCUGGGGCAACGGUACACGACAUGUUUAAUUGGUUGACAGUGAUUGUUUUGUUUACCAUCGAAAUAGUUUGCAAACCUAUAUUCGGUGUUGGAUAUUUGGAAUGGCUUAGCGGAGAAAUUGUCAAGGGAGUAAAUUCGUCGUCUGGUGAAGGAGAAGUCAAGAUUUUGAAAGUUGUAACCGAUCCUUUUGUGGACCUUAUCAUACAGCUCGAUUCUCGCGUUCUUAAAGGCUGGGCUAAUAACGAUCCCAAAUACGACAAUUCUUCAUUGAUAAAACAGUGCGGCGGAAAUGCCACUGAUCCUAUACCAUGCGGUAAGUCUAUUUUUAUACAAAUACAACGAAACGAAGUUGUGAUCAAUAAAAACAUUCUUCUUUACACUAUAGAUGGUGUUUUCCUGUUCGAAGACACUGGCAUGGAAGAUUGGGCUGUAGGAUUGAUCCUUUUGGCCAUUUCACUCAUUAUUCUCUGCAGCUGCCUGAUUUUCCUCGUCAAAAUUCUCAACUCAAUGAUGCAAGGACACAUUGCAAACGUAAUUAAGCGCGUCAUCAAUUCAAAAAUUCCUUACGUACCUUGGCUAACGGGCUACAUAGCGCUUGCCGUCGGAGCCGGAAUGACUUUCAUCGUUCAGUCCAGCUCGGUUUUCACUUCCGCUCUGACUCCGCUCGUCGGCAUUGGUGUCAUUUCUAUCGAACGCGUCUAUCCACUUACCUUGGGGUCCAACAUUGGGACGACAACAACAGCACUGCUUGCAGCGCUAGCUGCUUCUCCCGAAGCCCUUCACGACACCUUGCAGAUCUCCCUCGUCCACUUGUUUUUCAACAUUACGGGCAUUUUACUUUUCUAUCCCAUUCCAUUCAUGCGUUUUCCUAUUCCGAUGGCCAAAUUUCUCGGUAACGAGACCGCAAAGUACCGAUGGUACGCCAUUCUCUACCUUGUGGGAAUGUUUUUCGUUCUACCUGCUAUUGUUUUGGGUCUCUCUAUUGCUGGCCCCAUCGCACUGCUAGUAGUUGGCGUCCCUUUUUUAAUCAUUCUGGUCGCAAUUGCAAUAAUCAAAAUCGUUCAGAGAAAACGGCCUUCCCUUUUGCCGCGUGUCAUGCGAGACUGGAAGUGGCUUCCGCUCGCUUGCCGCUCUCUGGAGCCGUACGAUCGCCAGUUUGCCAAAUGCGCUUGCUGCAAUAAGUGUAGACAGGCCGAAAACAGCAGCAUUGCAAGCACCGUUGUCGUCGUCGAUUCGGAAGCAUCAUCAGUUGAAGAAAAUAAUCAAACUACAUGAACAAGUUUGAUUAGGAAAACUCUUUUUUAAAAUUAGCCAAAAAUGGGGCGACCGUGGCUAAAAGGUAAGGAGUCUAAGGAGACGCUACGAAAAUUUAAUUUUCCAUCAUCACAUUUGCUCAAGUUAUAUGUGAUUACUUUCCAUUUUCCUGAUAUGCCCAUACAUUGCUAACGUGUUACAUAAACACGCAACGUAUUUUGCCACUUUAUUACUUUUUCCGGAAUUUUGCGUUAAAACUUCACUAUACGAUAUUUUAUAUACACUCACGAUUGCUCUUUCAGUAAAAAUGUUGCUGCCAGCUUUUACCUGCAAUAUCCACUAACGGUCUAAUGUUUUUUGUUGACUUGAAAUAUUAAAAAGGGUAUAAGUCUGA